AUGGCCGGAGCGGGCAGCCAGCACCACCCUUCGGGAGUCGCGGGAGGAGCGGCUGCUGGGGCCGCCACCGUUUCCCCCACCGCUGCGGGACCGGGAGAGGAUUCUUCCGACAGUGAAGCAGAGCAGGAGGGACCCCAGAAGCUGAUCCGCAAAGUAUCCACCUCUGGACAGAUCCGGACCAAAACCAGUAUUAAAGAAGGACAGCUGCUGAAGCAAACCAGCUCUUUCCAAAGGUGGAAAAAGAGAUACUUCAAGCUUCGAGGCCGUACACUUUAUUAUGCAAAAGACUCAAAGUCCUUGAUAUUCGAUGAAGUUGACCUCUCAGAUGCCAGUGUCGCUGAAGCAAGCACAAAAAAUGCCAACAACAGCUUCACGAUAAUCACUCCAUUCAGAAGGCUGAUGCUAUGUGCUGAGAACAGGAAGGAGAUGGAAGACUGGAUCAGCUCUCUGAAGUCAGUGCAGAGCCGAGAACCGUAUGAGGUGGCCCAGUUUAAUGUGGAACAUUUCUCAGGGAUGCAUAACUGGUAUGCCUGCUCCCAUGCCCGGCCCACCUUCUGCAACGUGUGCAGGGAGAGCCUCUCCGGAGUGACCUCCCACGGCCUGUCCUGCGAAGUGUGUAAGUUCAAGGCUCACAAAAGAUGUGCGGUGAGAGCCACUAAUAACUGCAAAUGGACCACGCUGGCCUCCAUCGGGAAGGACAUCAUCGAGGAUGAGGACGGUGUCGCCAUGCCUCACCAGUGGCUUGAAGGCAACUUGCCUGUGAGUGCCAAGUGUGCAGUCUGUGACAAAACCUGCGGCAGCGUCCUCCGCCUGCAAGAUUGGAAAUGCCUCUGGUGUAAGACCAUGGUCCACACCGCCUGCAAAGAUUUGUACCAUCCCGUCUGUCCCCUUGGCCAGUGUAAAGUGUCCGUCAUCCCUCCUAUUGCACUAAACAGCACAGAUUCUGAUGGUUUCUGUCGAGCGACCUUUUCGUUCUGUGUCAGCCCUCUCUUGGUGUUCGUCAACUCUAAGAGUGGAGAUAACCAGGGAGUGAAGUUCCUUCGUCGCUUUAAACAGCUGCUGAACCCUGCUCAGGUGUUUGACUUAAUGAACGGAGGGCCUCACUUAGGCUUAAGGUUAUUUCAGAAGUUUGACAACUUCCGGAUUCUUGUCUGUGGAGGAGAUGGAAGUGUAGGCUGGGUUUUGUCAGAGAUCGAUAAACUGAACUUGAACAAACAGUGCCAGCUUGGGGUCUUGCCUUUGGGUACAGGCAAUGACCUCGCUCGAGUUCUUGGCUGGGGUGGUUCCUAUGAUGACGACACCCAACUUCCUCAGAUACUAGAGAAGCUGGAAAGAGCCAGUACCAAAAUGUUGGACAGGUGGAGUAUAAUGACGUACGAACUCAAAUUGCCAGCGAAGACGUCUCUGCUUCCUGAACCCACAGAAGCAUCUGAAGGAUUUUUUAUGACGAUUUAUGAAGACUCGGUUGCCAAUCACCUUUCGAAAAUCCUCAAUUCUGACGAACACGCGGUGGUCAUAUCGUCUGCCAAGGUCCUCUGUGAAACCGUGAGGGACUUCGUUGCCAAAGUGGAGAAGGCACAGGACAAAACACUGGAAAAUACAGUAGUAGCCGAAGCCGUGGCCAGUAAAUGCUCAGUCCUAAAUGAGAAGCUCGAGCAGCUGCUACAAGCCCUGCACGCGGACACUCAGGCCAGUCGGGUGCCCCCAGGGGUCGGCCCUGCAAUCCCCGAGGAGGAUGCCGUGGAGUCCUCCAGUGAAGAGUCCUUGGGUGAAAGCAAGGACCAGCUCGUGAAUGACGUUGCCAAACCCUCCUCCCAGAAAGACGUGAAACCCCGGGAAAUAAUGCUGCGUGCAGACAGUCUCAAGAAGGCAGUGAGGCAAGUCAUUGAAGAAGCUGGAAAAGUUAUGGAUGAGCAGACAGUUUACCCCUGUGAAGCAGUCAGUCACUCUGGUGACUAUAACAGCACAGAAACGGAUGAAUCUAAAGAUGAUGGUGUGAAGGAGCCAUCCGCAGCCAAAUCCUCAUCUCAGUCUCCUGAUGCCCAGGCAAGUCGUGGUCAUUUCCAAACUGAUUCUGUCGCUGGUUCAGCUGUGGCCACCACCAAAGAAAAUCUGCCUGUGCUCAACACCAGAAUUAUCUGCCCAGGUUUAAGAGCAGGACUCGCCGCCUCGAUUGCCGGGAGUUCCAUCAUCAACAAAGUGUUGCUGGCAAACAUUGACCCUUUUGGUGCAACACCGUUUAUUGACCCGGAUCUCGAUUCGCUAGAUGGAUACUCAGAAAAAUGUGUCAUGAACAAUUACUUUGGGAUUGGAUUAGAUGCAAAAAUUUCAUUAGAAUUUAAUAAUAAGAGAGAAGAGCACCCUGAAAAAUGCAGAAGCCGAACUAAAAACUUGAUGUGGUAUGGAGUCCUGGGGACCCGGGAGUUGUUACAGAGAUCAUACAAAAACCUGGAGCAGAGGGUCCAGCUUGAGUGUGAUGGGCAGUACAUUCCUCUACCCAGCUUACAAGGCAUAGCGGUGCUGAACAUCCCUAGCUACGCAGGAGGCACCAACUUCUGGGGUGGAACCAAAGAGGAUGAUAUAUUCGCUGCGCCGUCAUUCGAUGACAAGAUUCUGGAAGUCGUUGCUGUGUUUGACAGUGUGCAGAUGGCAGUAUCAAGGGUCAUUAAACUGCAGCAUCACCGGAUAGCACAGUGCCGUACAGUGAAAAUCACCAUAUUUGGUGAUGAGGGAGUCCCUGUGCAGGUGGAUGGCGAAGCGUGGGUGCAGCCUCCAGGGAUCAUCAAGAUCGUGCACAAAAACAGAGCCCAGAUGCUGACGAGAGACAGAGCCUUUGAAAGCACUCUGAAGUCUUGGGAAGACAAGCAGAAGUGUGACGCUGGCAAACCCGUUCUUCGAACCAACCUGUACAUCCAUCCCACCGCCGACCUGGCAACGGAGGAAGUGUCACAGAUGCGGCUCUGCUCCCAGGCCGCAGAGGAACUCAUUACUAGGAUUUGUGAUGCAGCCACAAUUCACUGUCUGCUGGAGCAGGAACUGGCUCAUGCAGUAAAUGCAUGCUCGCAUGCCCUGAACAAAGCCAACCCACGCUUCCCGGAGAGCCUCACGAGAGAUACUGCCACUGAAAUAGCCAUCAAUGUCAAGGCUCUAUAUAAUGAAACAGAGUCUUUGCUCGUUGGCCGGGUUCCUUUGCAGUUGGAAUCUCCCCAUGAAGAGCUGGUAUCCAGUGCCUUACACUCUGUGGAGGUGGAGCUGCAGAAGUUAACGGAGAUCCCCUGGCUUUAUUACAUCCUCCGCCCCAAUGAGGAUGAGGAACCUCCAAUGGAUUGCACCAAAAGAAACAGCAAAAGCACAGUCUUUCGCAUCGUGCCAAAGUUUAAAAAGGAAAAGGCCCAGAAACAGAAAACAAGUUCACAGCCUGUUCAGAAUUGGGGCACAGAGGAAGUUGCUGCUUGGCUGGAUCUGCUCAAUUUGGGAGAGUACAAAGAAAUCUUCAUCCGUCAUGACAUCAGAGGGGCUGAACUUUUGCAUCUGGAAAGACGAGAUCUUAAGGACCUGGGGAUCCCGAAAGUGGGUCACAUGAAGCGAAUUCUCCAGGGAAUUAAAGAGCUCGAGAGAAACCCUCCCAACUUGCUCUGAGGUGUGGUUGCACCGGUGCUAUUUCCUGGAAGAGAAGUCCUGGGGACUCAAUACAGAGUUCUUGGAAGCCACUGCUGUUCUCGUGAUUUCCUGGUAGAUGCGCACCACUGAAGCACCUCUCUGGAUUGGAGUUUUGCUGUGGGAGAAAGUUUGGAUUUGAGGUAUUAGAAAAUCAUAUUUGUGCCAAAAACAAGCAAGAAAACAACCCCACCCAUUCCACGAAGCCAUUUUCUUAUUGUGCAAAGCUGACAUGCUAGAAAAUGCUCGCAGAAGGGAGAAGCGGGAGGAAUGGUUGGAGGCAGUUGCCUCUCUGUAAGGUGGAAUUGCUCGCCCGCUGAUCCUCCACUUUCCCUAGAGCAGGACUGGCAGGAGGUUCUUCUGCGCACCUGCAGCUGCGUCAACAGUAUGCAGCCGAACCGUCUCAGGCCUCCUCAGUGAAGGCAUUGGCUCCCGCCUAGACACGACUGGUUAGGAGAUGAAGAUGGGAAUUGUAUUUUGAGUGUUUUCACCCUAAGUUCCCAGUAUCCACUGGUCAAAGAGUAUGGUGAGACCAACCCAUCACAUACUAUGAAUGACGCAAAUUUAAUGCACGACGCUCCUGCCUGAGUUGUCUUUCUUUUUCUUGCAUGUCAUUGUAUAUUACUGUAGUACUCCAGUAGCUGUAAUGUCUGUUAUAAUGGAAUUUAAUUUAUUACCACCUGACUACUCAAGCACUUUUUGGUUGGUUAAGGGCACUUUUCUUCAGUGUGGACUUUGGAGAGAAUAUCCCACACCUAAGACUCUGUGAACGUUCACCUGUGCUGUGAUCAACAAAUGAUGUACAUCUUAUGCAGACCAAAUUGAUUUGCCUCACCCAAACCAUAGGUGUGUGCAUUCAGAGAAUUGUUGGGCAUUUUCAUAAGCUUUACACCUCUGUUGCCCAACAAAACUUAAAUUGUAACUUUCUAAACCUCACAUUUUGUUCCCAUUUUUUUUUCAUUUCAGUUUGAUAACCAUUUUGAGUUUCUGUUUGAGUUGGUAAGACUGUUGGCAUAGAGGAGUUGUCCAAGGUCUCAGCUGAGAUUUGCACCCUGAGUUGUCUGUACUAGCUGAAGCAAUUACUGACACGAGGAACUUUAAUGGAAGAUUUUAAUUUUGUUUCUUAAGGGCUCUUGUAUUACUAUUUCACACAAAUUUUGAUAGUCUAUCAGGUAGAUAAUACUUCCCUUUUUAAAAAAAAACCAUUAUAUGUCAAUGUUGCUCAGUAGAAUUACCAAGUAUUUGAAAGCCAAAGGUAUAUAUUGUCAAAAAAAGUUUUAAAAAAAUCUUUUUAAGUGUUUUCUGGUCAUUAUAUGCCAAAAAUUAAUUGGAAUAUUUGCAAGUUCUAUAUAUAAGAGAAGCAAGCAGGUUGCU